CCAGUUUCCUGUCGCGUGUUGGACCUGAUGCCGAAUCACAGGCAUUCCUAGUUUGGUGGCGCCAAGGGGAACAUGUCUGUGAUCCUUAAAUAUUUUUGCUCGAGGAAGACUCCCAAACUUGCACGUAAACUUUUCGCAUUUAUCUUUCAGUCAAGUUUCUCGGCCAUCACCUGCAAUAACUUGAUGACAAUUCUCACGGUGCUUUUAUUACGAAACUUUUUUGAGAUUUGGAAACGACGAAUGCCUCGAGCCAUGUUUUCCAUGUUUUCUGGUCGAGCACGUGCCGUGUGCUGCACGCAUUUUCCCUCCUUUUUUCUUUCUUCUGCACACAAACUGAUCGUCACCUGCUACAGUGAAAAGAAUUUCAACAAAACUUUUGUGAAGGAGUGACUCAAACUUGCCUGAAACUUGUGUAAUCAAUAACCUACGACGAUUGAAAUUGUUUGCCGAUUUGAACGCAGUUGAUUUAAGAAGAGGGUCCAGAACAUCGAAAUUAGGGCCAACAAGAGAAACUACCGGUGUCUUACCUCCAGUCCUUUUUGCCUAACAAGAUGACAUGCGUCGUGUAGGUGUUUAUGGCCGACUACUAACUAAAGACCCUCAUGGUAAUAGUACCUCCUGUGGGUUGUUUGGAUUCUGACUUGCACACCCGCACGGCCUUCUUUUUAGCAACGAGACUGUCGGCUGUCAUCAUUUAUCGCAGUUGAUCAUCUCAUAUUUGGGGACUACUCUUCUUCUAUCCGAUCGUCGUUUUCAGAGCCAAGAAUUGCUUUGUGAAAAUAAAAAAAAGGCCCGGACUGGCGAACGAAGGAAAAAAACAAAACAAAAGAAAGUUGAAAACGGGUUGAAAAAUCCAUCCAUCACGAGAGGAGAAUGUUGUUGUGAUAGUCGGUUUGUCGUUCUUCGGCACCAAAAGAGACUAGACAGACGAAGAGAAGAGUGACACACAAACACAUAAUCAAAGCUGGAUCCGUUGGCGGCGGGUGCUAGUAGCGCCGCUGCUGCUGCUGCCAUUGUCAGUGCCAGCGCCGGAUUAUUGAUAGUGCGCUCCAACAUGGCAGCGUUCGAAUGGGACUGCGAUUGCCGUUGGAGCGAAUGGGAUUUCGAUUCAACGGAAUGGACGACGGCGUCGGUGAGCGACGCUGGCAGCACCGGUCGGCCAGCGCCGCCUCCGCCGCCUUUCUUCGACCUGCCACCUCCACCUCUGCCGCCGUCACUUCAACCUCCGCCGGAGUUGUGUUCCACAGCAGCCGACCAUCCAUUGGGACUCGAAACUUGCCAAGCUUUUUUGGUAAGCGAUGCCGAACGUCAAGUUCCCGUCGACAGCUCGUCCUCUGCCGCCGCCAUUUUCAUCCCGGCCGUCGUGCUCACCAUCGCCUUUUUCAUUAUUGGCUUUGUCGCGUGGAGGUUCCGCAAACAAAAGUUGAACCAGAAAGCGCUUUUACGUUGCCAACAAAAGACGAUCAACGGAGCCGGAGGAGUUGCAGUUGGCGGAGGGAUGAUGGACGGCGUUCCGGCUUUACUUCAAGGCCUCAACGGUCGUCAAACAGGAGCCAAUAUCAACGAAGACGAGAACGGCGUCUUCUACGACGAACUCAUUUCUUAUCCGCCCCAAUUCCGAGCGCCUAACCAUCCGCCCGCUUACGAGAUGAAGGACGUGCUGCUCGAGCCGACUUCGCCAUGCCACUGCACCGCUCAUCCGCUGCUAGGCAACGGAAGCGGUAGGAACGUGAGGAACGGCUGUAGUGGCGGCGUUCCUCGUAGCACUUUGCACUGCCAGCAGCCGCACUACGUGACGUCGCCUUACCGCUGCGGCAGUCAUUCGCCACCGUCGUCUUCGACGCCCACUAUCGACGAACAGCACGACUGCAGCUGGAUUACCGAACCCGUUUACGAAGAGCUGCCUUCAGGUCCCGAAGACCUGGACGGGCGAUACCCGCAGGAUCAGCAGCGCUUGCGGCAUCGGAACGACUCGGUCAGCAUUAAUGAUUCAUUACGCAGCCAAAGAGGUGGCUCUGCAUACCAGAGGCCUUCGAAUUACAGCAACUGGAGUGGCGAGGAGCCUGGGGAAACGGAUUUCUUUUUGCCACCGUCCACCUGGUACCAUCAACAGACACAGCAAAGCACUCCCAUCUUGAAGGGUCACAUGACGACUCAAGGACCUGUGAGACAAGGACGAGGCGGAAUUCGAGCAGCUUGGAGAGAGGUGGAACCUGCUCCCCACUGUCGUGGUACUUUAAGUAGCGUCAGUCAACCCAAUUCCGGCCGGAGGAAACGCAAAGUCAAAUCAAUGAAAACUCCCGGUGGAGGUGGAGGUGGAGGUGGAGGAGUAGGUGGAGGGAUGGAAACGCUGGACAACCAAAAUCUCCAUUAUCACUGCAGCGGUCUCUAUCGCGGUAUAUGUCCGCCGGAAGAGCCUCCUUUCGCGGCCGUAGAAAACGACCCUGCGAUCGCCUCUUUGCUGGAUCAAGACAGUCCGGUUCCGCCGGAGCAACUCACUACCCCAACGAAAACUCAGCCGCGCUAUUAUUACUACUCGGAAAGCGACGAUUAUGGCGUAAUGAACCAGCCGACACGGACCUUGUCCAAUUCACGACGGGCAGCCCAAUUACAGCAGCAACGCCAUCUAUCACGCGUGCAGCGAACCCUUCAGGCGCGGUCGCCAACAUCGGUGUCCUCCGACAAGAAUGUCGGCCUCAAUUAGUUGACGUUGUUUACACUUUUUUUUUUUUACACACACAUCACACACACACACACAGAUACACAAAACACACCAACCGCCACCGCACAAAAGUCAUUCCAAAAAAGAAAACUGACCAACAACAGACAAUCGAUCCUAAAUUUUGCCCUCAAUCUUCUGCCGUUCUCCUACACCCUUCCAGUGGACGAGUGUGUAACAUUUUCUCUCUUAACAGCCAUUUAAUACUGGGACAACUCAAAAAUUAUAUAGAGGGAGUGUUCGUUAAAAAAAAAGAAAAACAAGUAUCAAACAAAUGAAUACCAAUCAUUUCGACCACUUUACACUUUACGUGGUAGAGCGGCCGGAAACAAGUGACGCGUUUUACUACUCCACUAUGUUUGGCUAAAGUCUCUUUCUUUCUGCCUCGCUCUCCCGGGUCGGCCAUAAUCAAAAAUAGUGCCCGACCAUCAGCUCGAAUUUCGCGGUUUAAAUUAUUUUUAUUUUCUUUUGGUUUUCUCUUCUGGAAGUGACCGAGUGAAAAAUAGUGAAGUAAAAACAACUACAACAACAA